GACGCGCGGGGCCUGGGCGGGUCGCCGGUGUCCCCGCGCCGCCGCCUGGUCGCGUCCCCCGGGCCGAGGCGUCCCUGGACGGCGGCGGAGAUGUCCGGGCCGAGCCGCCUCCUGCUCGCGUACCUGUCCGCGGCCCUCCUGCUUCACGGGCUGGGAGAGGGUUCAGCCCUCCUUCAUCCAGACAGCAGAUCCCAUCCCAGGUCCUUAGAGAAAAGCGCCUGGCGGGCUUUCAAGGAAUCACAGUGCCAUCACAUGCUCAAACAUCUCCACAAUGGUGCAAGGAUCACCGUGCAGAUGCCACCAGCUAUUGAGGGCCACUGGGUGUCCACCGGCUGUGAGGUGAGGUCAGGCCCAGAGUUCAUCACGCGGUCCUACAGAUUUUACCAUAAUAACACCUUCAAGGCCUACCAGUUCUAUUAUGGUGGCAACCGGUGCACGAGCCCCACCUACACGCUGGUCAUCCGGGGCAAGGUCCGCCUGCGCCAGGCCUCCUGGAUCAUCCGCGGGGGCACGGAGGCCGACUACCAGCUGCACAACGUGCAGGUGGUCUGCCACACGGAGGCCGUGGCCGAGAGGCUGAGCCAGCGGGUGAACCGCACGUGCCCGGGGUUCGUGCCCGCUGGGGGCCCCUGGCUGCAGGACGUGCCCUAUGACCUGUGGCGGGCGGAGAACGGUUGUGAGUGCACGAAGGCCGUGAACUUCGCCAUGCACGAGCUGCAGCUCAUCCGCGUGGAGAAGCAGUACCUGCAGCACAACCUGGACCGCCUGGUGGAGGAGCUCUUCCUUGGGGACAUCCACACCGACGCCUCGCAGAGGAUGUUCUACCGGCCGUCCAGUUACCAGCCGCCCCUGCAGAAUGCCAAGAACCAUGACCAUGCCUGCAUAGCCUGCCGCAUCAUCCACAGGUCAGACGAGCACCGCCCGCCCCUCCUGCCCCCCAAGGCUGACCUGACCGUCGGCCUGCAUGGCGAGUGGGUGAGCCAGCGCUGCGAGGUGCGGCCCGAAGUCCUCUUCCUCACGCGCCACUUCAUCUUCCAUGACAACAACAACACCUGGGAAGGGCACUACUACCACUACUCUGACCCCGUCUGCAAGCACCCCACCUUCACCAUCUACGCCAAGGGCCGCUACAGCCGGGGCGUGCACUCCUCCAGGGUCAUGGGAGGAACGGAGUUUGUGUUCAAAGUGAACCACAUGAAGGUCACCCCCAUGGAUGCGGCCACAGCCUCGCUCCUCAACGUCUUUAACGGGAAUGAGUGUGGAGCUGAGGGCUCCUGGCAGGUGGGCGUCCAGCAGGACGUGACACACACCAAUGGCUGCGUGGCGCUGGGGAUCAAACUACCUCACACGGAAUACGAGAUCUUCAAAAUGGAGCAGGAUGCCCGUGGCCGCUAUCUGCUGUUCAACGGCCAGAGGCCCAGCGAUGGGUCUAGUCCAGACAGGCCUGAGAAGAGAGCCACCUCCUACCAGAUGCCCUUAGUGCAGUGUGCGUCCUCUGUGCCCAGAGCUGAGGACUUCUCCGAGAACUACCGGGGUCACCAGCAUGGGAGCUGGGCGCCUGGAAGGAGCGCUUGUCCCCUGCUCCUUGCUGUACUCCCCGGCCUUUUGACUCUACUGCACUGGAAUGUCCUCAGAUAGAAGUUUUUAAGAAGCUCUAUUUUUCCAGACCAGGAUUCCUUAUAAUUUACAGAUUUACCAAAAGAAAGGACACUAUUUCUUGUGAUGCACUUGAAUGCCCCAGAACUGAGGCUCCUUUUCUGCUGCCUGGCCCCCUCCCUCUCAGCCUGAGUCCUGAGCAGUGCUGUUUGAAGUUUAUGCUUUGAACUCUGUCCAGUGGGAUCCCAGGCCUGGGCGCCUUCUCAAGGGUAAUUGCACUUUAAGACCGCAGAGAGUGUCGAGCUAGUGUGUUUGGUAGAGGGGGCAGGGUGACAACGAAGUCCUCUUCUUUUCUUCCUCAUAAUUAUUAUUAUAUUUCUGAGUUAAACUUAGAUGAGUAUCAAGCUCCAGCUUUUCCUGCCACUGUAUCGCGGUUGCUUCCUGUCCUCCCUUGAAACUGUUUUGCAACCUGGAAUCCAAUGCAGAGUUGGUUUGGGACUGCAAUCAAGACACCUCUUAUUAAUAAAGAAAAGACUUGAGUGUAGAUAUGUAUAUAGGGAAAGACACAGGGUUUAGCUUAACCAUCCUGACAGCCUUUAUGCAAAAAAAAAAAAAAAAAAAAAGGAAUCCAAGUUUUCAAAUGUUGAGUGGAAAAACAUCUGUAAUUAAAGUUUUAACGUAAUUUAAACUAUCGUUGUUUUAACUUAUGGGGGGAGGAGACUUGGUUAUGUGCUGGUUUCUGGCUGGUUGCGGAAUGCACGCUGCUUUACUGCUGCUCAGUUGACAAGGGUAGUCAAGCAAAUAUCAAAAGCAAGACAGGCAGGCCCAGCAAUGUACGGGGUGGUGACAGUGUGUCAUGUGCCACCCGAAUGAUAAAAAGUGCCUGUUCAUUCCACACUUUCCUGCCCGUGGAACCCUCGUCCUCGCUCAUGCUGUAUCUGGCUGGGGUGAGUAGAUGGAACCUCACCUGGCCAUCUCUGCUACCCUCAAAGAUGACUAUUCAGAGACCAUGCUUUGCUGUUCGGGGGCCGGGAUGUUCAGAGAGCAUGCCGUGGGGGCGUCCUCACCAGGCCUGCACUAGAUACUCGAUGUGUGUGCAACCCAGGCUUUGGGUAAAGCCCCCGUAUCAUCGGAUGUGCCAGCUUGAGUUGGUUUCUGCUCUGCUGUUGUUGCCUUUGCUCUGUGACCGCAGAAGGUCUCAGGGUCACCUUCUAGAGCGACUGUGAGCUUUUCUCUCUCUCAGACACUGGGAGGAUGCAUGAGACAUGUCUGCCCAUUACUUUGGAUUAUUACAGAUGGUGCUAUCUGAACACCAAGUGCUGUUGCCAAUAGAGACCGACGGAGGGAAAUAGCAAGGCAUCCAAAGCCUGGAUGGAAUCAGGAGUGAGCAUGGAAACCGUGAUCAAGGUCGAGAGUCAUACUUGUAUUUAAAAAUUAACUUUAUGAAAUGCUGUAGCAUUCAGUGUGGUGAUAAGUUAUAAGGAUAGCAUGGAGUACCAAAGAGCUUUAUCUUUAGAAUAUAUUUUAAGUUGUGGUGCAUACUGAGGGGGUUUAUUCAAAUGAAAAUACUAACUUAAUGUCUGCCAAGUUUAAUAAAGAUGUCAAAAGUACUCCCACAGAAUACAUUUUACCUGUGGAUCUAUUUAAUCAAUACUAAUGCUACCUUUAAAGGAUAUAAUAAAAUUAUGUGAAAAACUA